UGUGACUAGUAGUAUACGUCUUAGUACGGGAAAACUUACCGUGAAUAUGUUACUGUGACUGAAAAUCAGUUUUCCUGUAAUGAAGUGGGAAAAUUUGGUUCUUUUGAUUAUGAAAAUGAAAUAAGUAUAAAGUAUAUGGUCAGGGUAGGGUGUAUAUGGUUAGUGUAUAAGAAUUGAUGGUUUUGACGGUUCUAAGUUUUUUAUUAACAUAUGUUCACUUGAAGUCAUUUGAAGUCUUUAACGGCAGGAGAUCCCUUUUCAAUUCAUGUUUAUGGUACGUGGCUACGGUACAAGGUAUGUGGUGUAAAGUAUAGGAUAUAUGGUUAGGAUAUAACAAUAUCCCUUUUCAAUUCAUGUUUAUUGCAAUUUCUACACUACAUGAUCGUUAUUUUACAACACUUAGUAAAAUUUUCGUACAUUUAAAUUGUGUUCAAGUUGAACUUUCAUUUCAAAAUGGGAGUUAAACUUGGCAUGUUAAGUCUUACGAUUGCAAUAACUCAGUCGAGUUGCGGGUUUGAAAAUUUUGGUUAAUCGGGUUGCGGGUCACUUUCGAAUGGAAAAUGAGAGGGAGGUUUAGAUGGGGACUUUGGAAUGGAAAAUUUAGGGGCGGGUGAAUAUGAGCCAACAAUUGUACUAAACUUGAUAAGUAAUUUUUGACGUUUCAUUGUUUAGGGUAUAAAAUAUAUAGUCAGGGUAUAGGGCAUAAGGUACAGAUGGUUUAGAGUGUAUAUAGUUAGGGUAUAAUGUAGUGAUGGUUUUGACGGUUCUAAAUUUUUUAAUAACAUAUGUUCACUUGAAGUCAUUUAAAAUAUUUAACAUCAAGAGAUCCCUUUUUAAUUUAUGUUUAUGGUACGUGGUUAGGAUACAGGGUAUAUGGUAUAUGGUGUAGAGUAUAGGAUAUAUGGUUACGGCAAAUAUCACUUUUUUAUCUAUGUUUUGAAAAUAAAAGUAUGAAUUUCACUUCAAAUUAACUAUACUACCAAAUCACAACUCAUAGGGAUAUAUGGUUAGGGUAUAGGGUAUGUUGUUAGUGUAUAAUAUAUUGAUGGUUUAGGGUGUACGAUCAACAACAUAUAUUAACUUAAUAUUGUCGAUUGAGAGUAAGGCUAAGUGUAUAUGAUAUAUGUUAUUGAGUAAAUUAUGAUUGAAGUAACAACAAUUUUACAUGGUUAUUCUAAACGAGAUAUUAUAAUCCAAUUACUACUGAAAUAAUAUUAAAAUACUAAAUAACAUUAAUGGUGUCUUUUGGUUGCAAAUGUUGAUAAAACUAUUACUAUUAGCUAGUGUACUUUACCAAUUAUGAUUAAUUACAUAACAAGUUUGCAAGUCAUAUAAAUUGAUUUAAACAUUUUGACUAGUUUUUUUAAAAUUAAGUAUAUAUAAGAGGUAGAAAGAAAUUGUUUAAAAAUUGACAAAAUUAAAUAUUUUAAAUUAGUGUAAUAAAAUGUGUAAGUUGGUAACAAGUAACAAGUAAGGAGUAAGUUACUCGAUGCGCUGACCCGAACAACCCGCAACCCGAUCCGCCCGCAACCCGCCCGACUCAAACCCAAUGAACCCGUAACCCGAUUUGUCCGCAACCCGAUUGAACCCGAACCCGAUGAACCCGCAACCCGACUAACCCGCAACCCGUUUGAACCCGAACCCGAUGAACCCGAACCCGAUAAACCCGCAACCCGAUGAACCCGCAACCCGUUUGAACCCGAACUCGAUUGAACCCAGCCCGAACCCGCCCGAACCCGCCCGAUUGACACCUAUAGUCUUGGGGAUGGCAAAGUGUCCUCUUUGGAAGGCAGCUGCUUGAGAAAGGAUUACGGUGGCAAAUUGGUAAUGGCCAGUCGACAUCUCUUCUUUUUUCGAAUUGGAUCCCUAGUUUGCAUCCGGACCGCCCGGUGUUUAAUCCCCAGGUGUUCCCGGAGGGGGGGGGGGGGUGAUCCGUGGGUGGCGGAUGUUAUUGAUCAAAGUAGGGGGGUUGGUGUGCUACUAAACUGAGUCAAUGGUUUGACCCACCCACCUGCCGUGCGAUCCUCUCUAUUCCUCUUUCGAGACAAAAUAUGGUAGAUAAGCUCAUAUGGCAUGGCACACCUGAUGGAGUGUUCACUGUCAAGUCAGCCUACCAUUUAGUUGUCGACCUGGACAAGAGGGCAGGCGACUGGAAGUCGACAGCUAGCUGGAUGGAUAGAGCAAGUUGGGUUUCGCUCUGGGAGGCUAAUAUUCCUCCCAAGUUAAAAGUCUUUGUCUGGCAGAUUUUCAAUCGUAUCCUCCCUACUACAAAGGCCCUCCGUGAGAAAGGUGUCCCUGUUCUUCCUCGUUGCACGGUCUGCUGGGGGGUAUCAGAAACUAUGGAGCAUUUGUUUCUGGAUUGCCCAGUGGCUCGGGCCAUGUGAGACUACGCGGGUCUGGAACAUCUCGGGCAAGGGUUGCCCCGCCAAACUUUCCCCCUUUUUCUCAAAAGGCUGUUUUCCCUAAUCCAUCAGCCCUCUGUUGUCCUAUCUGUGGUGGCUAUUUUGUGGCGGAUUUGGAAAUUCCGGAAUUGGGUUGUCUUUGAAGGCAAGCAAUUUGGAUUCCCUGCUUUGAUGUGCCAAUAUCACCAGCAAUGUGAGGAGUGGGAGCGUUUGCCGCGUGAUAGGGGGACUCUGAGUCUCAAUCAUCUUCCCCCUCCACCUGGGCUGCCUGCGGGUCCCUCGCUGGUGUGUAUGUGGGAUGGAGCAACAAGGGAUGGGUCUCAUUCGGCAGGCGGGAUAGUUCUUUUUGGCCCUUAGAAGGAUGUCCUCUUUGCAAAAGGCAUUUGCUUUCACUCUAUUGAUGAUCCUCUGGUGGUGGAAACCCUCGUCCUCAGGGAAGCUCUUUCCUGGUGCGUGACCAAUGGGUUACUGGUUGUGCGAUUUGAAGGCGAUGCCAAGGUCAUCAUCGGCAAGAUCAACCAAGAAGAUACAAGAGAUAGUAGAGUUGGGAUGAUUUUGGGGGAAAUUAGACAGCUUCUUGCUUCUCGCCCGGGGUUUAGCUUACGAUUUGUAGGACGAAAUAACAAUAGGGUAGCUCAUGCUGUGGCUAGAAAAGCCUUUUCUUUAUACCCGUCUACGUGUCGUUCUUUUAAUUUUCUGGUCUGACUGUAUUCCAGGAUGUAACGAUCUACCUCUUUUGAAUUAAUAUAAGAUUAUCUUUUGU